AUGGCUAGACUUCCCGAGGUCAAUGUUUGUAUUCCAGAAGGUCCACCAUUUCGUGAAUACCGUCCGAAAGUUAUCUUUUUCGGGGUCUGGUGUGGAGAUAUAUGUCUUAUCACGCUGAAGGAGCCUAUGUCAUUGUUGUUUGAUGUGUUUGCGAUGGAGUUGGACUAUUUAAGAUGGAAUGUGAGAUAUUCUCUAGACCUAUCCCCUCUGAGUAAUUUAUAUCCGUCGAUGGUCCUUGAGGAGAGAGAUCGUUAUAAUGACUGGUUUCGAUAUAAAUUCUCUGUGCUAAGUUAUUGUGUUGACGAGGAAAGGGAGAAACCCAAAUUGCUGAUAUCACUUCCGGGUAAAACUAUAUCUUGCGACAUGAAUGGCAUGAUUGUGAAGGAGAUCGCUGAUGUAGUUCUCGAGAGUACUAGAUACGAACAGAAGGAUCUACCCAGGUUCAGAUGGUUAGAGGCACUUGAACAUGUUGAGACUCUGGCCCCUGUAUAA